AUGGAUAUUGAGCGAAACUUUGAUGCAACAAUUAUGUGGCAACUAUUAGUUUUCAUUGUUGCAGUUUUGGGUCAAAUUUUUGCAAAUGUUGAGCAAGCAUUUACAGAGAAUGAAAUUGUACCAGAUUCAAUUGAUAUACCACCAAAUAAAUUUAUGGAGAUAAUAUAUCCCGAUGAUGCUGCGAUAGAACUAGGAAAUUUUCUAGCCCCCACGCAAACAUUAAAAGUACCACUAGUGAAAUUUAAUGGUGAGCCAAACAAGUACUAUUUAUUAGUGAUGACUGAUCCAGAUUGUCCAAGCCGUGCUCAACCAACAUUGCGUGAAAUGGUUCAUUGGUUAGUUGGAAAUAUUCCUGCAGAUAAUGUAUUUAGUGGUGAAACUCUUGUAGAAUAUCUUCCAGCAGCCCCACCGGAAAAUUCUGGUAUUCGUCGAUAUAUAUUUUUAAUUUACGAACAACCAGGUCAGAUUGAAUUCGAUGAGCCUCGUAUAACAAACAAUUCACUAUCAGGACGUCUAAAUUUUUCAAUACGUAAUUUUGCUAAUAAAUAUGGUUUUGGUGAACCAAUUUUUGGUAAUUUUUUCAAUUGUCAAUAUGAUCCUGCUUCUCCAACAAUUCAUUCUAUGUUCGGGAUAUCUAAUGUACCGAAGGCCGACCAUGCGUGAUACUGGUUAUUAAAUAAAAAUUGUAAUAUUAUAAAAUCUGGCAAGU